AUUAUGUGCGCCUUUUUAGUACUAUGACUGUUACCCUUUUUAGACUGAUCUAUUGGGUCAGAUAAUCAAAACUGAUGACCAGAUAAUUGCCUCAGCAUAUUUCAAAAGUAGACAUGGCUUUUUUUGUUGUGAAUGAAAUGUGUAUGUGUUUGGUCACCCAUUUCAUCACAAAGGAUGCACAAAGUUGGCAGGCCUCUGAGCCUGGGUUUUGUUAUGCAUGGCAUUGGAUUUGGUCUGAGAUGUAGGUGAGAGAAGGAAUAGGAGAGUAUUGUAAACUACAAUAGUUGUAAAGCGUGCAGAUUUUUCUUAACCAUGACAUUUUAAUAUUUCAUCAUCAUUGCAUGACUAUCAGCACUCAAGGCUCUUUUACACCGGGCUGGGCCUCAAAUCUGUGAUCACACAUUUUGUUGUCAUUUUCUUUAACAAGGUGAUUCGGUUACACUUUGUGCUGGGCUAAUCACCUGGGUGGGUACUAGGGCUGCGUGAUAUUGGGUUGGGGGAACUGUCAUUGCAGUAUUUUGCUGUGAUUUCAAAAUACCAGAAUUUUCAUCAGAAGCCAGCAUGUCAUAUAAAUGAUGUCAUCAGUGUAUUACAGAUUGGAGUGAAAUAAAUGAUAAUGAGGAGUUGGAAAUGUAAUGGAAAAUGAGAACCCUGUGAACUUUCCUUUUGUAGCAAGCAGGUUGUAGCAUGUCGUUAAAACGAUAAAUUGUGCAGCCCUAGUGAAUAGGUAGCCUUAGACUCUUCUUUACAUAAACCCCAAAUGUGGAGUACAUGUAGAAAAUUGUACCAGGAGACCCUCCAUUGUUUCUUUUGUGAUUUGUGUAUACUAUCAACACUAACACUGCAUGAAACAUCACCACCACCGUCAUCUCACAACCUCCCGAGAUUCCUGUAUAUAUUCACGGGUGCUGUUGUGUGAUGGGAAACGUACAGAUACUCGAUCAAGCAGGGUACCACACAGAUAGUACCAUGCUUGUCCACACUAUCCGGUGGAAAAGCCCCUUCAGUGUAGCCACAUUCCAGAGCUCAUCAAUACAGAUACACUUUAGGUACGCUGAGUGUCUUUGUGUGUGUUUGUGUGUUGUGUUCUGGGUAUGUUGGAAAUCCAUGUCUCCUUUGCAAAUAUGCUGUAAACUAUUAGAGAAUCCUUGGUCUUGUGUAAAAGAGGGCUAUCAGUCAACACAGCAGUCUAAUCAGUCUGAUAAAACAGUUACAACUUUUGAUUUGGUAGCAAAACUGUCCUAAAGUUUGGCAUUGAACACACUGUUUAUAUGAAUUACACUUAAGUUGUGUGGUUUGUGCAGGAUCGUCCUUCCUCUUACAGAAUACCAGUGUAAGUCCAAAAGCCUUCAAGGAAAACACCUCCGGUUUCAGUUCGUAUUAUAGUGUUUUGUGCUGGUAUGGAUUUUGUUGAACUAUGUUGACAAUCUUGUUGGAAUCCAUGCAGUCAUAACUGUACAUGUUUUGAAAUGUGUGCUGUGCAGGCCUACAGUAAAACCCCUGAGCUUGCUUCAUCACUGUCAAAACUGAACCAAAGGGCUUCUCUGCAUCUUCUCAGUUAACUCCCUGGCUAAUAUGCAUAAGUUGUGGCAGCACAGAGGCAGCGAGCUCUGGCAAUCAUGUGUCGAGUCUAUGUGGGGUCCAUCUAUUACGAACUUGGCGAGGACACCAUUCGGCAGGCCUUUGCUCCGUUCGGUCCCAUCAAGAGCAUUGACAUGUCCUGGGACUCUGUCACCAUGAAGCACAAGGGCUUUGCCUUUGUGGAGUAUGAGGUGCCCGAAGCUGCUCAGCUGGCCCUGGAGCAAAUGAACUCAGUCAUGCUGGGUGGGAGGAACAUCAAGGUGGGGCGGCCAGGUAACAUCGGACAGGCACAACCCAUCAUCGACCAAUUGGCAGAGGAGGCGCGCGCAUACAACCGCAUCUAUGUAGCCUCAGUGCACCCGGACCUGUCUGAUGACGACAUCAAGAGCGUCUUCGAGGCCUUCGGGAAGAUUAAAAGCUGCAUGCUGGCCCGAGAGCCCACCACAGGAAAGCACAAGGGCUACUGCUUUAUCGAAUACGACAAGCCUCAGUCAGCGGUUGAUGCAGUGUCCUCCAUGAACCUUUUUGAUCUUGGAGGUCAGUACCUGAGGGUUGGGAAGGCUGUGACUCCUCCAAUGCCCCUGUUAACCCCCACAACACCUGGAGGUUUGCCUCCUGCUGCAGCUGUUGCGGCUGCAGCUGCCACCGCUAAAAUCACAGCUCAGGAGGCAUUGGUGACUCCCGCCCAGCUCCUCAGCCAGCAAAUGGGCCUUCCUCAGGCAGUACUGGCGGCCCAGGCCCCGGGCUUAAUUACAGGUGUGACACCUGUUCGACCAACCUUGCCCAUGGUUCCUCAGGUAGGCCUGGUAAACCCUGUGCUGGCCUCACCACCGGUCACAUCCAGCACAUCCACAGGGACACCAACAACCACCACACAACAGCCACCUGCUGAGCCUAAAAAGGAAACUGAAGAGAAGAAGCGGGAGGAGAAUGCUGCCUGGGUUGAUGGUCUGGGAAAGGAGAGCGCAAAUGAACAACAGCCAGUUGGAGGAAGUGGAAGCAAAAAUGCAGCCGCACUAUCUGGGUCCACAGUAAUGGUGUUGCGCAACAUGGUGGGACCUGAGGACAUCGACGAUGACCUGGAGGGGGAAGUGACGGAGGAAUGCGGAAAAUUUGGCGCUGUGAACCGAGUCAUCAUCUACCAGGAACGACAGGGGGAAGAGGAUGAUGCCGAGAUCAUCGUGAAGAUAUUUGUGGAGUUCUCCGACAGUGAAGAAAUGAACAAGGCCAUUCAGGCCCUUAACAACCGGUGGUUUGCAGGCCGUAAAGUUGUGGCCGAGGUCUACGAUCAGCAGCGGUUCAAUAAUAGUGACCUCUCUGCAUAGGACUGUCCCAAAAAUGACCACCAGCCCUUUCUUCACCUGCUCAGACUCACUCAGCCUCCAUCACUGCUGCUAGAGUUUUGGGCCUCUUUUAAACUUGUAAUUAUUUUUUUAUUGAUGUCGAUAAUAAUAAUAUUGGGGACAGUCCCUUUGGUGGGAUUCGGCUUAGGAAAAUGCGCCUCAUGGAUUUUUUUUUUUUUCUUUGUCAUCACCUACUGUGAAAGACUUGUUUAUUUUUUAUGGUUAAUGUCUGCAGGUUGUUUUCUAAUUUGUCCAAAUUCAGCUCCCUCACUGCACCCCUGAUGCCCUUGUCCAACUACACAAGAUGCUUUUCCCUUUCUUUCUGUUAGGUUUUUUUUUUUUAUGAACAGUUUUUACAUCACUAAUUCUGUUUAGAUUCUGAACAUUUGUGUUGGAGUCAUUGGUUCUGAAUUCAAUACAAUAAAUUCUUCAAAUAUGCCACA